GGCCGGGGCUCCUAUAAAGGCUGCGGAAGAGGCGGAGCUGCCGGGAUCGGGGAGCGGGCGGCGGCAGUGGCGGCGUUUUGUGCAGCGGAGUAACCGCAGCGGCACCCACCAUGGUGAAGGAGACGGAGUACUACGACAUCCUGCAGGUGAAGCCCAAUGCCUCCUCCGAGGAGAUCAAGCGCGCCUACCGCAAGCUGGCGCUGAAGUACCACCCCGACAAGAACCCCAGUGAGGGCGAGCGGUUUAAACUUAUAUCCCAGGCAUAUGAAGUUCUGUCGGACCCAAAGAAAAGGGACCUCUAUGACCAGGGUGGGGAGCAGGCUAUUAAAGAAGGAGGCCUGAGUGGCGGCAGCUUCUCUUCACCCAUGGACAUCUUUGACAUGUUCUUUGGUGGUGGAGGCCGAAUGAAUAGAGAGAGAAGAGGCAAAAAUGUGGUGCACCAGUUAGGUGUAUCUCUUGAAGACCUGUAUAAUGGCAUUACAAGGAAACUGGCACUGCAAAAGAAUGUUAUUUGUGCAAAGUGUGAAGGUUAUGGCGGAAAGAGAGGGGCAGUAGAAAAAUGUCCUGUGUGUAAAGGAAGAGGGAUGCAAGUUAUAGUUCAGCAGAUCGGACCUGGCAUGGUGCAGCAAAUCCAGACUGUGUGCCCAGAGUGCAAAGGCCAAGGUGAAAGAAUAAAUCCAAAAGACAGAUGUGACAACUGCAAUGGCUGUAAGGUUGUAAGAGAGAAAAAGAUCAUAGAAGUUCAUGUUGAUAAAGGUAUGAAAGAUGGUCAGAAGAUAGUAUUUCAUGGAGAAGGUGACCAGGAGCCUGAUUUGGAGCCUGGCGAUGUUAUAAUUGUGCUUGACCAAAAGGAUCACAGUGUCUUUCAGAGACGAGGGCAUGACUUAAUCACAAAAAUGAGAAUUCAACUCUCAGAGGCUUUAUGUGGUUUCAGAAAGACAAUUGAAACUCUGGACAACAGAGUUCUUGUCAUAUCUACUAGGCCAGGUGAAGUGAUAAAACAUGGUGACCUAAAAUGUAUCUACAACGAAGGGAUGCCUGUCUACAAAUCUCCAAUGGACAAAGGCAGCCUGAUCAUACAAUUUUUGGUCCAGUUUCCAGAGCACUACUGGCUCCCAAGGGAGAAACUGUCUCUGCUGGAGGCUCUGCUUCCUUCACGAGAAGAUGUUAUGGUUACAGAUGAGAUGGAUCAGGUAGACCUUGAAGAUUUUGAUCCAAAUGAGCAAACCUACCGUAACAGUGCAGGAGAAGCAUAUGAAGAAGAUGAGGAGGGUCCAAGAACGGGAGUACAAUGUCAGGCAUCUUAAAGCAAGGUGGAGCGGAUGUCAUCUAAGAUGUAAAUUUUCACAAUGAAAACUGCAUGGCUGUAAUAGCCACUGCUUGUGGUUUUUGUGUUCAGCAAAUUGAGUUGCUGCGCUGUCAGUAUCACCUUUUUGUAACUAAUUUAUAUUGUGUUCUUGUAGUCUUUCUAUAUAAAGCAAAUGUCAUACAGCUGAGAACCAAGUUGGUAUGCAUUUUCCUUGCUGUGAAGGUUCUCAAUUUAUUCACCUGUGCUAUUUCUAUAAGACUUUGGCAAUAUCAAUAGAGGCUAAGUGGAGUGUCUUAUGUAAAUACUUUCAUACUGGAAAAUGAAUUUCAUAGAAUAAAGCAUAGCAGAAUAACUUCUAAUAAAUAGUACUUCACCUUU